AUGGGCGGUCCGGUCACCGCGCUCACCGCGAUCGGGCGUCGCAUGACGUACAAGACGUCGAAAUGGAUUCUCAUUCAAGAUUACAGAUUGGCGGUGACGAACGUCGCGCUUCAGGGCGUGAUCCUCUUUUACGUCAUCUUCUCGCUCGUCAGUGGGAAGGCGUACCUGCAGACGGAGGUCCCGAUCGGUCGAGUUUCGAAUUGGGGGAACGGGAACGAUAACUUCAACACCAUUCAGACGACGACGUCCGAGCAGAACACGACCGGGACGAAGACCAUUAAUGGGAACAACUACACGCUCCUCCCGUGCGGCGCUGGAGCAGCAAACAACGCGCUCGACGCGUACAAGUUCAACUACAGCGCAGCGUGGGAGUACGAAAACGUAAAAUGCGCGUACAUGACGCCAGACGAGCUCAUCUGGAAACGCGUCGACGGCGGCAUCUUCUUCACGACGCACGUGACGCAAAAACACACGUACCGUGAACCAAAGGGGAGCGUCGAAUGCAACGCGACAAAGGAGUUUGAGGCCGGGACGUCAUUUCCAAGAGAGAGCGCUGCCGGGACGGCUGGUGUGUGCUACUAUAAGCGCCAGACCGAGCUACUCGCCAUCGGCGCGGAACACGUCAGCCUCGGAAUCACGCACGAAUUUGAGACGAAAGGUCAUGCCGCGAAAAUGCCGAAGACAUAUGUCAGACGCAGUGGCUCGACGGAGACGGUGCUCACGUUUGAAGCCGGUCGACCGAUUGAAAUGUCGCUGAAGCAAAUACUCGACGUCGCGCAGGUGGACCUCGACAAGCGAUACGCCGAUCAGACAGCGAAUAUCGGUAAGGACGUUUCGGGUGAAUACGGUCGAGGUGACGAUGCCACGAGAACGCCCAUGGUCCGCCUCGGCGGUGUGCGCAUAUUCGCAUCAAUCAAAUAUUACAACUACGAUUUGCACUCGAAAGAUGCGAGCGACACACUCUCCAAAGGGAACACGCCGUACGCAAUCCUUGAAGUUGAGCCUACGUUCACUUGGACCGGUCUUGGUCAAGGAAUAUCGUAUCGCCCGAGCGAACCGGGCGCUAUUAACGAUCCGAUUGAUCAACAAACUGGCAAACCGAAGGGCUACUUGAUGGACAUGUAUCGAUACGGAGUCUUCAUCGACGUCACGACGAGCGGGAUCGUUGGAGUGCUUAACGUGGUGUAUAUCAUCAAUGUCAUCGUGAGUGGUCUCGUGAUGUUGAAGGUCGCGAACAGUGUCUGCGACAUGGUCGCGAUGUACUUUUUGGGAGCGCGAUCGCUCAUGUACAAGUCGCACAUGAAUGAAGAAUUGAACUUCGAGCGCGAGGCGGCAAAAUUUGCCGUUCAGGGGAUACUCUCGAUGCCUUCGUUCAGACGAGGAGACGCAUCCGGAGGCGGUAAAGACGGACUCGACAUCGAUGAGAUUUAUGAACUCGUCAAGGAGACGUUCCAUGCAUCAGACACCAUGUCGGGUGACGGUCUUUCGAAGGGAGAAACGAACAAAUCGACGCGUCUGCGACUAUCUGAACAGGAGUGCCGGCAAAUGGCGCGUUACAUCGUUUUGGCGGGCGAUCGUCAAUCGCAAGCGAACUAUCUGGCGGGUAAAAAACGACGCACGUACGAAGAGCUCCGUGCAGAGCGCAUUGACCUGGCCGAAUGGAUUGAACUCUGUACCGAGGGUGGUAUGGACACGGCGCUGUUGAAGAAACUCGCGCACGUCGCUCGAGAAGAAGAAGAACACGAAGAGCGUCGCUUGAAUAUUUUCCACGAGCAGUGA